UUCCUGAGGAAGGUCAUGGCUUUGAAUGGGACGGCCAGAAACACAAGUCUAGUGCAGAUGGUAUCUGAUGAUCAAGGAACCAAUGAGGAUGAAGAAGAUAUGGAUAUUGAUGAUAUUUUCACUGUUCUGAACACUGACACUAAUGAUUCUCUGCACCCCCUCGAUGUUCUCUGUGCCAUUCUGGGUUGCUCAGACAGUUUCCUACAACAGCAAAUCCUGUCAAAAAUGUCCAUGUGCCAGUUUGCCCUCCCUCUGCUACUGCCUGCCCUCGACACCCCGACAUGCACCCUAAUGCUGUGGGCCAUGAGGGACAUUGUGAGGAAGUGGAGGCCGCACUCCUUGGCAGAGAGCACAGGGUUCAGAGAGGAGAGCCUGGUGCUCACAAAAAUGCCAACCAUUUCCUUUGUGCAGAUGGGGAGCUGCAGCUUCUCCAAGUCUAAACUUCUCAAUGAGCUACUCAGCUCCUCCCAGCAGCACCAGGAUUUCUUUGUCCAUCGGGACAUGGAGUCUGGGAACAUCCCUCGGGAAAUCGCCAAUGGACUGGUAGAGAUUUCCUGGUAUUUUCCUAGAGGAAGGGAAAAUUCAGAUAUCUUCCCAGAAGCCAUUGCAGUUACAAAUCUGCGUGGAGACAUUGAGUCUCACGAUCUACAAUUUCGCUUUUUAACAGAGGUCUCAACAGCAGUGUUCAUAGUUACUGACAGAGUCAGUGAAAGAGAAUAUAAACUGUUAUCCUCUCUGAAAGCAUCAACAACUAAAUACUACUUCAUCCUCAAGGCCCAACCUGGGAAACACAGCGAAACCCUGGAAUUCCUGAAUAAAUUAGCCCCAAUACUAAAACUGAAUAGAUCACAACUACUGGUGAAAGACAGGACCAGCAAUAAGACAGCUUUUCUUAAAUCACUGCAAUCCACUAUAGGGAGCAUAAUGAACUCUUCUCCCAAGACAGUGAGUAUUGAAGACAUGGUUGUGACAGCCCAAGAAUUAAAAAUCCUGAUAGAUGAGGACUGUGAGGAAUGUCAGAAUGCAAGAAAGUGUUCUAAAGAAAUAACUAAGGAGGUAAAAGAUUUGCCAAAGUACAGGAGUGAAAUGCUGAAGCUCCAAGGAGAUCUAUGGAAAAACCUGGCUAAGGUGGAAAAAGAACUGUGCCGUAUGAAACGGCAAUCGAACACCCCCACAGAGAAAUAUAAAUCUCAGCUGAGAGAGGAAUUAUUGGCGUUAAGAACACAGCAGAAUCAAUUCAACCUGACUCAUAGUUUGAGUAAGUUUCUUCAUGGGAUAGGGUUAGAGUUACUUCCAGUGGAGAGACAUUACUUCCUGAACUGGAUGAAAUUUGACCUGGAUUGUAUAUCUAGGGAGAAUCUUUCUAAACUAUGGGCUGAAUAUAAAUCAAAACGUGAACCAUUAGGAGAUAACCUCAAGGAAGAUGUCAGUACCUUAGGUGUUGAACAUUUCAUUCGUGAGUUAGGGCAGUUUUAUGAAGCAGAGUGCUCAAUGGGGAAAAAAGGAAUCAAGGCAGAAAAGCAAAGGCAGUUCCUCCAUGUCCCAGGCAUAGCAGCUGACCUGAUGCUGGAAGGGUUUCCCAUGGAGCUCAUCGAUGGAGAUGCAUCCAACAUCCCACUGCAGUGGGUGACAGAUGUUCUGACUGAGCUCCAUGCCAAGCUGGGGGGAAGGUCCAGAAUGCUGGUUCUAUCGGUGCUGGGAGUGCAGAGCACUGGGAAAUCCACCCUCCUCAACACCAUGUUCGGCCUGCAGUUUGCAGUGAGCAGUGGCCGAUGCACAAAAGGAGCCUUCAUGUCACUCAUUAAAGUGGCAGAGAACUUUCAGCAGGAACUGGGUUGUGAUUUCAUCCUGGUGAUAGAUGCAGAAGGUUUGAAAGCCCCUGAACUGGCCAAACAAGAGGAUAGUUAUGAACAUGACAAUGAGCUGGCCACCCUGGUGAUUGGACUGAGUGACAUAACGAUUGUUAACUUGGCCAUGGAGAAUGCCACUGAAAUGAAGGAUGUUCUGCAAAUUGUGGUCCAUGCCUUUCUCAGAAUGGAAGAAAUAGGACAAAAGCGUAAUUGCCAAUUUGUGCAUCAGAAUGUCAGUGAUGUGUCUGCUUAUAAACAAAACAUGCGGGACAGGGAACACCUCCUGGAACAGCUGAACAAAAUGACCAAAGCUGCAGCAAAGAUGGAAAAACUAAGCAGGGAAAUGACAUUUUCUGAUAUUAUGGAGUAUGAGCCAGAAAAACACAAUUGGUACAUCCCUGGCCUGUGGCAUGGAGUCCCUCCCAUGGCUCCAGUGAAUAUAGGAUACAGUGAAAGUGUGUGCGAAUUAAAGAAAUAUCUGUAUGAAUUAAUGAAAUGUUCAGACAACAGAGCUCCCAAAGACAUUCCUCAAUUUAUCGAAUGGGUGAAGAGUCUAUGGCAUGCUAUAAAACACGAGAACUUCAUCUUCAGCUUCAGAAACAGCCUCAUAGCUGAGGCCUACAACCGGCUGUCUGCCAAGUAUGCAGAGUGGGAGUGGGGUUUCCGCAAGAAAAUGCAUCUCUGGGUAUUAGAAAAAGAAACUCUAAUUCAUAAUCAUACCCCUGAUGAACUGCAUGUUGGUAACUUAAAAGUUGAGAUGCAGGAGAAGUUAAUGUGUGGUGAACAAAGGAUCUUGAAUAAUUUACAACAGUAUUUUGAAAGUCGAGCAACAAAUCUUCACUUGAUAGAAAAGUAUGCAGAAGAUUUCACCAGGAGUGCAAAAAGCCUCAAAGAAGAACUUGAAUGUUAUUCCAUGUAUAAGUGUGAGGAAACCAUUCACAUUAAAGAAGGCCAACACAAGAUAGACAAUAUCCUGACUGAAUGUAUGAAACAAAUUGAAGGGAAAGUUGGCAAGAUUUUGGAAGAUCAUGGGAAGAGGGAAUGUGAAUUAGACAAUAAAGAAGUGGAAGCAGAAUUUGAAAAAAUGUGGAAAAAAUCAUUAAGAGAGUUAAACCCUUUCUCUUUACCAAAAUGUGACAUUUAUCAGGAUGUGGAGUUCCAGCUGAGAAGGGACCUGAGGAAUCGUGGAAGUGCAGUGAAUAAGAAGCUACAAGAAGCAGGAAACUUGUUGAAUUAUAAAAUGAAUUCUUUCAAGAUGAAAGAGGAAUAUAUAGACACACGUGGUUUGAAAACCAGAAGAAAAGGUUUGACACAGAAACUCCGCUAUAAAGCAGAGGAACUUGUCAAAUCCUUAAUGGACCAGUGCAGAAGUUAUGGUGAAAAAAUUGUAAAUUCCAAACUCGGCUAUCAUGAAACCUAUUGCAGAGAAUUGUUGUACAUGAUCAAUGAGAGGCUCCAACAGGAGGAUGUUUCAAAACUUCAUACUAGCGGUCUCUUUGAAGUUGAUCUGAAGCUUCACAUUUUGGGGGAAGUGGCUCAUGCAUUUCAGAAAAUGCACGAAGAUUUUGUCAAUGAAAAUGAUCCUCAGAAACAUCUGCAGAAACAGAAACCUCACUAUCUCUCAAGAUUUAGAGACCUUUACUUGCACAAGGAGGAUGCCUGCCAAAGAAGGGCCAAGGAUUUCUGUGAUCAGUGUCUGAGACCUGCCCUGCUAGACUAUGUCAACAAGAGACUAGGGAUAGAGAUAGUGGAAGACUUUCUCAGGAGGGGACAGUCCACUGAAUACAACAACCGGAGCUCCUUCCAGUUCACUAUGCAGAAGAAGCUGCUGAAGCAGAUGAAUUUCAGUAACUAUGUGAAAUAUAUUAAAAGCUAUGAAGUGUUUGUCAAAACAUGGGUAUGGAGAUGCCUGCUAGAUCACUAUAGACAGACAGACAGUUUGGAAGAUUUGGAAAGAGAAAGUCUGUCCAAAAUAAUAAAAAAAGUCAUGGAGGCUCUAGAAAACUCCAGAAUAAAAAAGAUUGACACAGUUUCUGCCUUUUUAGACAACUUUUGUCAAUUGCUGCAGACGGACCUGAUCAUAUCUAAGGAAAAUUUAAUUGGGAUACGGUUUAUAAACACAGAAAAUACGGAUGAGUUCUCUGCUUUUAUUCGGUCUUUUCUUCCUAAUCUGGAAAAGGAAAUCUUAGUUCAAUUUAAAAGUUUGGAAAUGGAGACUAAACUCUCACAGCUGUCGCUGAAGCCCCAGGAUGAAAUCUAUAAGCGAAUGUUUGGCUGUGGGAAGCAGUGUCCAUUCUGUAAAGUCCCCUGUGAAGCAGGAGGUACUGACCAUAAAGAGCACUUUGCAACUGUACAUCGGCCUAAAGGAUUAUGGCAUGAUGGAAGUAACAACACACAAAGGCUUGAACAUUCCUCAUGUUCUGAAGAUGUGGUUUCAAAUGAGAAAUUUAGAAAUUCAGACACACAAUGGAAACCUCAUCCCUACAAAGAUUAUCGCUGCUAUUACCCAGACUGGUGCAUUCAGCCAGAUCCCAGCCUCAGUGCUUCCAAUUACUGGAAGUUUGUGUUUAAGGAGUUCAAUGAACAGUUUGCUAAAGAGUAUGAUGUUGAACCAGCUGAUCUCCCAAGAGACUGGGGGGAAAUAACCAAAGAGCACGCACUGGAGAGCCUGGAGGAAGUCUUCAAUAUGAAAAAGCCAAUAUACUGA